CAAAAUCCACCCUCUGAUGGGGAUAAUUAAAAAAAAGAGAAAACCCACCUCGCUGCAUCUCUACAAAUGUGUAGAAAAGAAAACCCAUCUCAAUGCAUCUCUACUAAUCUGUAGAAGUGAUAGCCCACCCCGCUGCACCUCCCCUCACCUGCCAAAGAGCCAACCCAACUUGUGGCUCACUCCGUGCAAGCGAAAUGGGAGGAGACGAACAGGGCAACGCGGUGGGAGAGACAAACACGAAUGACCCCCAUGAGGGUGAAAAGAGGCAACAUGAGGAGGACGCCCUUUUCGACGAUAUAAUCCCGCAGAGGGAUUAUAGGCGGAUAGGCACCAACGUAAUAAAUGAGAAAAUGCUAAUCGAAGAAAUAAGCAAGAGGGGGGGGACCCCUGGGGGGAGGAACCUCACUGAGGAGUUUAACCACGCCAAGGUGUUGUCCCUCGAGAACAGGAAGAUUCUCCUCAUCCAGAACAUCGACCUGUUUAGGAGCCUGGAGGAGCUGCGCCUGGACAACAACCUCAUCGAGGAAAUCGAAAACCUGGAGGGGCUCUCCAGCCUGAAAAUCCUAAGCCUGCCCAACAACAAAAUAAGAGAAAUAAAAAACCUCAGCCAGCUGGCGAACCUGUCAGAACUAAACCUCCACAAUAACCUAAUCGAACAGAUAGAAAACCUAGACAGCAACGUAGAACUAAAAAUCCUAAUUCUAAGCAAAAAUAAAAUAAAACGCAUGCAGAGUGUAAUUUAUUUGAGAGUUUUAAAAAAAUUAAAAUUUCUCAACUUGAUGGAUAACCCAAUAUGCCUUCAGGAGAACCUCAUUACCCAAGUGGGUUCUACUCUGCCUACCCUGAAAUGCUUUAAUAACGUGCUCUUGACGCAGGAGAGUAGAUGCAGACGAGGGGUUCCUUCUCAUUUGCCGAAGGGGGACCAAGGUGGGGAUCCCCCUGUGGAAAGGCCCCCCCAGGAGGGAAAGUCCAACCACUGCGACAAUUACGAAAAGAAAAUCGGCGAAGCGUACUUGACCAACAUCACCACGCUGGAUCAGACCCUCUUCGACCGAAAAAAGGAGCCUUCUGUUUUCCUCAAAAUUGGUUACUACUCCACGGUUAAGGAGGCCUUCCUGCGCGACGUCCGCCUGAUGAGUUCGACCCUCAUAGACCAAAUCCUCCAGCUGAACGAAGAGCGCAGCAAGUGCGCGCGCACCUUCGAAAGCGACGUGGAGAGCUUCACCUCCAAGUACAUGGAGAACAACAUUGCGGCGUUCAACCAGCUGCGGAAGAGGUCCAAGCGGGUGGUGCGCGCCCUGCUCGCCUUCCUGGACCUCCCCCCCGUGGAGCUCAGGAAAUGCCCAGACACGUACAAGAGAAGGACCCAGCCAAGUGACCACAAAAUGAUUAACGAGAUGAUUACGAGAAAGGUUCGAAACGUCUGCGCGGAUUUUCGUUUCAAGCGGGACAAUGAGGGGGAUCACUCGGAAGAGGACCAUCCGGAAGAGAACCACCUCCAAGCGGAUCACCCCGAAGAGGACCCCCCCGAGGGGAAGGAGCCAAACGAAAGCAACACCCUCCUCCUUGAGGGAAAAAAAUACAACACUAUAAAAAAGUUCAUACAAAAAAACAUGGAGGAGAAUUUCCUCUUCAGGGAAAAGCUAAUAAACGACGAGCUAGCCAAUAUGGUUUCGAUUAAUAAUUUUCUCGAAUGCUUCAAAAGGGAGGUCUCUAAAAUGACGAAGCUUAUAAAUGAGCAUAUUUCGGAUUACUUCCGUAAGUUGGAGGAACUGGAGGAAAAUUUCAACUCCAGAAUUAUUACCUUUUUCGCCGAGGUGAAGAACAACGAGCAUCCCUCCGUCAGCCUCAGCGAAGACGAAAUCAACGAGUACUACACAUACAAAGGCAACCGCUCAAACAUCCUGAACAACCUGGAGGACUUCAUCUCCAGCAGCUACAACAAAGCAGGCACCUGCCUCAUCGAAGAAAAAAAGAAACACUUAUUUCUCAAGUCCAGGGACCGCAUUUCGGAAAUUGAGAAAAUCGUCGACACGUCUAACGAUUUGCUUUAUUCCUACCUUAGUCUUUUGCGCGUCCGUGCCCAGUGA